GAUGGUCGAUAUACAAAACCAAGCAAACAAAACAAAAAAAUCACUUCAGCGCGCAUCUUCGCAAUCUUCGUUUGUGUACAACGAAGUAUUAAAAAGUGAAAAAUAAAAUGCAGAGUGCUUCAGAUAUGAUAUCGUCUUUGUUUUGGUUCAAAGAUGACGAAGAAGUUGACGAGGACAGUGAUCAGUUAAUAUUGGAACAGUUUGUGCAAAAUGUUGAGGACUUUAGUUCUCAGUACGGAAGCGAAAUCAGUGUCUCGUACACGGCGUUCAAUCUUCGGGGCCCACCUUCCAAUUUCCCUGAUUACGGAGAUUAUCCUCAAGCCUUUGUUAUGAGAACUUAUGGAACAUGGUGGGAUGAAGCACCUUCUGCACAAGAAGAUUAUAUGCCACAAAACACUAGUGCAAUAUCAAGUCAGGACUUUGUAGAAGUAUCUUUCGAAAGGGCAGUGUACCCGCUCGAGGUGUCGAUAUUCGAGACGUAUAACCCCGGAGCGUUGGUGCGGAUUUGGGCCCGCGGGCCGGCGUCGUGGAUGCUCCUUUGGGAGGGAGAACCGGAGUAUGUGGGAGACAGACCCAGGAUAUUCAGUCCGCCUAUAAGACAGCUUAAUGUUCCGACCAGGAUAUUAAGACUGGAGUUCAAUCAUAGACUGUUACCAUACUAUACGGAACUCGACGCCGUCCUUUUGAAAGGCAUACAGCCGCCGAACAUAGUGAAGUUAAAGAAUAACAUUGUCUACUCAUCUAUAUUCUACACGAAGACGCAACCAGUAGUUGAAAAGGGUCAGCUUCUGAAUAAGAUAAUAGCAUCGAAUCUUCACGAAGCGAUCGUGCCGCAGUUAAAUGCUCCCAAGAAGAAUGCGCAGAUCGACACUGGACCACCGCUCGGUGACUUCCAACGAUUACCUGAUGAAACCAUCUUAAGCGUGAUGAAAUAUCUUGACAUGCAAUCAUUAUGCCGAUGCGCGCAAGUCAAUCGACAUUUCAACCGGCUCGCCUCUGACGCUAUACUGUAUCGGAAUAUAGACCUAAGACCGUAUUGGCACUGCGUUCAGUCACAGGUUCUAGUAACGCUGUCCAUGCGCUGCAAAUAUCUUCAAAAACUGGAUCUCUCUUGGUGCGGCAGCCAUUGCAUGAUUCAGUCCAAUUAUGUUGUGAAUUUCCUCAAAGACAGUGGUGCCGAAUUAACACAUCUACGUUUGAAUUGCUGCAAAUUUGUAGACAACGCGGUGCUAAGAGCCAUAGUUGACACCUCUACGUACUUACAAGAACUAUGCCUCCGUUCCGUGGUGGGGUGUACGGAUUGGAUGUGUCUAUCGACGUUGAGGAGAUUGAAAAGAUUGGAUCUGUACAGAACCGACAUAACGACCGCGGCGGCCGUCAACAUUGUGAGGUCCAACCCCGGUCUGCAGCAUCUUAAUGUUGGGUCCUGUAAAAUGAUUUCGUCGAUGGACGAGGUGGCGAUAGCUCUAGGGGCCAAUUGUCCAAAUUUGAUAUCAGUGGAUUUUUGGAAAUCGUAUUCUCUGACGCCGAACGGGAUCCGAGCGCUCGGCAACUGUAAGCAGUUACAGGAACUGGAUGUUGGAUGGUGCCUGCAAGCGGGCGGUUCGGGCGAGUGGUUGUCGUGGCUGUGCGGCGGCGAGCUGCGCAAGCUGUUCCUGGGCGCGCUGCGCGGCGUGUGCGACCGCGACCUGCGCGCGCUGCUGCCGCGCGCCACGCGCCUCGCGCAGCUCGACCUGCUCGGCGUCCGCGCCGUCACGCCAGACAUAUGCGACGCAAUAUUGGCGGAAUGCAGAGAGCUAAGACUUUUGGACGUCAGUUUCUGCGAUCAGAUACAAGAAUCUCAGGUAUUGGAAUGGCGGGAGCAGUAUCCGCACGUAAGCAUAAAGAGAUCGUUUCAGUCUGCCAACCUUAAUACAGCACCUAAUCCAUUAUUCCUUGCGCCUAGUUUAGAAUAAAUAAAAAAAAACGGUAUCCAAAAUUAUACCGAGCAUUUUUUGCGCUUUAAUAAACGCUAUGUGUAAAUAAUGUCGCGUUUAAAUAAACGUUGCUUGGCUUCAUCCGUCUCUCGUAAUAAGCAUGCAUAAUUUUACGGAAGUUAAGUUUAUAAAUAUUUAUGUGCGAUUCUAUAUUUUAUUAGUGUGUAAUAAAGUUUAUUAUUUUGGCUUUAUUAGACUCAAGAAGAAUGCAGUUGACGAAAGUGAUUUGAUUUAUAGGUGACUUGCAUUUUUUACCUACUAAUUCAAUUGAAAAUAUAGUAAUUUAAUUUCGCCAUCCACGCGUUCUUCAUAUGUGUUAUGAAGUGUGUAACACAAUAAGCACUGGCAGUUAAUAGGUGUCAACGGAGUAUUUAUAUUCUUCUAUACAAUUUCUUUGUAAUUGGUAAGAAUGCAGAAUGUGUUGGAGAGAAUUAAAUUUAACAAAGUACUUAAUUAAGUUAUACACAUGACGUUUUUUUAAACGAACGUUGAAACUCGUUUUUGGCGCUUUUCGCCCGCGUAAAUAUUUUAGGAUAUGUAUAAAGGUGUCGAGUUCCGCAAAGCAACGAGUUUGGAAAGAAACGUCAUGUGUUUAUUCUCCUUAACCGAAUACUGCUGUCUAAUAUGAGCCAAUUCGCGUUCUUAAAUGCGCUAGUCCCUAUGCUUUUAUAUAAUGCUUGAUCCAAGCCUCGGCCCUGUCAUAUGCGGCUUAUCUAGCUCAUCACGGCAUACAGUAAAUUCAUGCAUGCCGGCAUGACUGUGCCGGCCCUCCAAGCAAGGCUUCACUUGGGUAACCACUAUGCCGAGACAGGAAAAAUAAACUCGUAUAUUUACUAUUUACAAUGAAAUAUUUGUAUGUAUAAUCUGACUAAACAUUUUGAUUUGUGUGUAAUAUAGAAUAAUCUCUAAGCUACAUACAAAUCUACGAAGCUACCUAAUGUUUAGAUUAAUAGAAUGAAAUUUACUACCAUUUUGCAUAAAUAAAUGUCAAUUAUAUUUCAAUUUCUCAUAGAUUAAUAAAUGGCUAAGCAAAAAUCACAGCAGUAAUUCAGAGACUAGAAGUAAGUGUUGCCAAAAAUAUAAAUAAAUAAGAGAGGGUAAAUAAAAAGUUGUAAGCAGCAAAAAAUAUUAAUUUUAACAACGAUUUAAAAUGAUUGACCUGACAAAUAAGAUAGAUCUUAUUCCUUUACGAUAUUCACUACAGUAUAAAAACGAAUACCUUACUUACUAAAUUAAAUCCAUUUCUAUAGUUAUGAACCGGAUUUUAUCCCAUGUAUUAUUAUAAAAAAUAUAUAAGAAAAAAACUUUAUUUCAUGCCCCUUAAAGUCGCUACUAAAAAUAUGCGGCAGCCGCUUAUCGGUUGAUGAUAAUUGGGACAUCGACUGCUAUAAAACAAUUAAAUUGAAAGACAUGUAAAAUUAAAUUUUGACAGCGAGAUCAUCGGAUUAGUGAGAUCUUAUUUGACUAUAGAUAUCCGAAAGGUACAGUAGUAUUUCUACAUAGAAUAAAAAAGACGUUCAUUUUUUUAAAAGGUGAUCACGAAAUUUGGCUUUAAAUUUUUAUUCCUAAUAUUAAGAUUCGAUACACUAAAAGACUGAUUAAAAUGUAAUCUGAAGUAAAAUGUUCUUCAUCGUAUACAUCGCAUUUACGUUGCUAUUGUCAUGUGAAUAAACAAAUAACCAUGUUGUAAUGACUGCAUACUGUAAUCAAAGAUUCAUUAAAAAAUAAAUAUUUAAUUCGUUAUCCAUAAUCGUUUCUUUGCUUCCAAAUUCCACAUUAUGUGAUAGAAAUAUACAUUCACAAAAAUUAUUUGUGUAUUUUACCAAGUGAGAAAAAAUACAGUAAGUAAGUAUACAAAAUGUAGAUAACAUUUCUCACAAUCGAAGAUACAUUUCUUGUUGUGCUGUUGUUAAAAUAACUUGUGCUACGUUUUUCUUGGAUAUUACAAAAAAAAUAUCCAAAUUUUAACCGCCUGUAACGACAUAGCGGACAGUACGCAAACUCUUAAUGCUAUAUUUAUUAUUGCCUUUUUUAUAUAAAAUUUUACAAAAUAUGUAUUAUUAAUUAGUCGUGAAAAACUAUUUCGAAUGACCUAUUAACUACUCUUUUGAUAUACUUAGUCUGAAAACGAUCAUAAAGCAAAUUUCGAACUAUGCUUUAUAAAUAAACGAUAUAGACUGGAACUGAGUGUACCAGUUAUGUCUACUUUCUCGGUGUUAAAUCGUGAGUUUAUGUUUAACCAAAUAUAACACAAGAUCCUUGUGAAGUUAAUCUGUUAAUUCUUAUUUGGUCUACUGCGGUACGGGCCUAGAGCCUAGUGCAGUGGUCGCUGUGAAUCGUUUUUAUAUCUAUGACUUAAUAAAUAAAAUAAAUAAAAAUAGGUUAGUAUACAUUUUUAAAACUUUCACACUUGCCUAUUUGUAUUUGUAGCUUACUUUUCAAGACGUAAUAUGCUGUCUUUCAGUAAAAUUAUAUAGUUAGAAAAUAACUUUAUGAUCCUUAAGAGUCUAGAAGAAUAUUUUGAUAUAUAAAUUUACGCAAAUAUAUACAUCGGCGGUUGAAAGGCGAAUUGACUCAAGCGACAUUUCUCUUUUUCGAAAAAAUUAACUUAUUUAAAAAAACAGAAAAAUUUGCUGAUUUGAAAAAUCUAUGAAAUUUAGAGUAGCAAAAAAAAUGUUUAAGCGAAUUCGCCUUUUAACCAUCGUAUAAUUGUCUUAAAUGUAAUUACUAGGGAGUGUAAUUAAUGCUUGAGACUUAAAUAUUAAUAUAGGGCAUCUAUUCAUCCUAUUUUUACAGUAACUGAAGAGAAUAAUAUUAUUUAUCGUAUCUAAGUUUAGAAUAUAUAUUGACAUAAAAUCGGUUUGGUUUGUCAUAAUUUAUUGUUUAAUAAGUUUGCUGAAAUAUUGCUAUGUUUGUGUUGUUAUUUGGCUGUUGAUAUUCAAAUUAAUUUAGUAAUUAAAUUUAUAAAGUAAGGAAUAAUUAAACAUAUUGUAUGUAUAAUGUGAACCAUAUUAGGAUUCAAAUAAUUUUGAGUUGGUAUUAAUACUAUACUAUUUCUUGCAUAAAUGGAUACAUAUUAUGUUAAAAAUUAUUGUUUACAUUAAAAGACUUAAUGAUUAGCUUAAAUAGUUUUCAUUGUAUUUUCACAAAAUUAUAUGUUAAGUAAUGCGAAAAUAUUAAAGAAUAUGCCUGCUUCGCUUACGUCUCGGGAGCCGGUGCAAUGUCUCAAGUCCAAAACAUAAGUCAUAGAUUGUAAGUUUAUUUCGUAGACGAUAUUUUUUCAUAAUUAAAUUAUAAAAUAUGA